AUGGCUACGGUGGUGACCUCGACCCGCUUCACGGAUGAAUACCAGCUCUACGAGGAACUCGGGAAGGGCGCCUUCUCCGUGGUAAGACGCUGCGUCAAAAAGUCCACAGGGCAGGAGUACGCAGCCAAAAUCAUCAACACCAAAAAGCUGUCGGCCAGAGAUCACCAAAAAUUGGAGCGGGAGGCAAGAAUCUGUCGCCUGCUCAAACAUCCGAACAUAGUUCGACUACAUGACAGCAUAUCAGAGGAGGGCUUCCAUUACCUUGUUUUUGAUCUGGUGACUGGCGGGGAGUUAUUUGAAGACAUCGUCGCCCGAGAGUAUUACAGCGAGGCGGACGCCAGCCACUGCAUCAAUCAAAUCUUGGAGAGUGUCAGCCACAUCCACCAGCACGACAUCGUGCAUCGAGACCUGAAGCCAGAGAAUCUACUCCUGGCCAGCAAGAUGAAGGGAGCGGCAGUCAAGCUGGCCGACUUUGGCCUGGCUAUCGAAGUGCAAGGGGACCAGCAGGCCUGGUUCGGCUUUGCGGGAACUCCAGGGUAUCUGUCUCCAGAGGUUCUUCGAAAGGACCCGUAUGGCAAACCGGUGGACAUAUGGGCAUGUGGUGUGAUCCUUUACAUCCUGCUGGUGGGCUACCCUCCUUUCUGGGACGAGGACCAGCACAAACUGUACCAGCAGAUCAAAGCUGGAGCGUACGACUUCCCAUCUCCAGAGUGGGACACGGUGACUCCUGAGGCCAAGAAUUUGAUCAAUCAGAUGUUAACCAUCAACCCCGCCAAAAGGAUCACUGCCGACCAGGCCCUCAAACAUCCUUGGGUCUGCCAACGUUCCACCGUGGCAUCCAUGAUGCACCGCCAAGAAACCGUGGAGUGUCUGCGCAAGUUCAACGCCAGAAGGAAACUGAAGGGCGCCAUCCUCACAACAAUGCUGGUGUCCAGGAACUUCUCUGUGGGACGGCAGCACACCAGUCCCGCUGCCACUACAAGCACUGCCGCCAUGGCGCAGGAAGGACUGGGAGAAUCUUGCAAAACCUUACUGAACAAAAAGUCGGAUGGCGUGAAGGUACGUUUCUCCUCCCUCAUCGUGACCUUGAGUGACUUUGACUACUCUUCCUCUCUCGCCGCUCGCUCGCUCGAGACGCAGAACACUGUUGUGCACAACCCAACUGACGGUACCAAGGGUUCCACGGAGAGCUGCAACAACGCUGAAGAAGAUGAGAUGAAAGGCCGCAAACAAGAAAUCAUCAAGAUGACCGAGCAGCUGAUUGAAGCCAUCAAUAAUGGCGACUUUGAGGCAUACACGAGAAUCUGCGAUCCGGGCCUGACCUCAUUCGAGCCAGAAGCUCUGGGGAAUCUGGUGGAGGGCAUGGACUUCCACAAGUUCUACUUCGACAACUUGUUGAGUAAGAACAGCAAGCCAGUGCACACCACCAUCCUGAAUCCACACGUGCACCUGAUGGGUGACGACGCUGCGUGCAUCGCCUACAUCCGCCUCACGCAGUACAUGGACGCGCAGGGCCGUCCGCGCUCCUGCCAGUCGGAGGAGACCCGCGUGUGGCAGCGCCGCGACGCCAAGUGGCUCAACGUCCACUUCCACUGCUCGGGAGCUCCCGCCGCGCUGCUGCAGUGA